UGUAUAAUUCAAAUCUCUUUUUCUGUAUCAUCGUAAUUUACAUACGCUAAAUAAAAAGCGGUGUCAUCACAAAAGAUAUUUGGAGGCAAUAUAAACAUAAUAUCAAUUUAAAUUCCUUGUUAGUGGAGCGAAAGCCGACAUCAUACCUGACAUUGCGGGCUCCGGAUUGGUCGACCAGCCAGCCAAUAAUGUGGUGCAAUGCCUGCGAACGGGGCGCCGAGCGCCGCUGCGGCCGGGCGGGCGGGCCACACUACCGUACCGCACCUCAGUUUCUCUCCACAUUUGGUACCGUUGUGACGCGACCAUAAGCUGGUGUCGAUAUUGUUCAUUAACUUUACACAUAUACAUUUUACUUAACUUGAUAAUUGGUGGAAGUGACAAUGCCACGACCUUCACGUGAGUCUUAUGGUGACCAAAAACCACCCUACUCGUAUAUUUCUCUGACAGCCAUGGCCAUCUGGAGUUCGCCGGAGCGCAUGUUGCCGCUGUCGGAUAUCUACAAAUUCAUCACAGACCGCUUUCCGUACUACCGGCGUAAUACGCAGCGCUGGCAGAAUUCACUGAGGCACAAUCUCUCGUUUAAUGACUGCUUCGUAAAGGUGCCGCGGCGGCCGGACCGGCCGGGCAAGGGUGCCUAUUGGACGCUGCACCCUCAGGCUUUCGACAUGUUCGAGAAUGGCUCGCUGCUGCGUCGCCGCAAGAGAUUCAAGCUGCAAAAAGGCGAGAAGGACAACUUGAACGCAGAACUCGCGGCCCUUGCCAGUUUUAAUCGAGCUUUUCUGGCACGACAGGCGAGCGCACCAUUACCACCGCCGACUCUACCGUCAGCCGCCUUAUACACGCCGCAGUUAUGUCCGCAGCUAAGUCCAGAACCUGCUGAGAUUCCAGAGCCAGCUGCAAUAACGAUUUUACCCCAAGAGAGACCUCGUAGAGCUUUUACAAUAGACGCACUGUUAGAACCUGAGCCGCCACGGUGUUCACCUUCUCCGCCACAUCACCCGCAGCCCAUGCUGAGCGUGGCAGCUUUGCCGCGGCUGGAGCUAGGCCUACCAUCACCGUAUGUUCUGGCGGCACAGCGGUACCAUGCAGAGCUGCUGCAAGCGGCGGCGCAUGCGCUGCGCCCGUGCUACCUGCCGCCGCCGCCGGCGCCGCUGCCCGUCGCGUGACAUCAACAUACACUCACUUGUUCAGACAUUUCGUGCAAUGCUAGAUUGUAAGUACAUAAAUCAAUCUAAAUAUUAAUAUUGUUGUCCUUUUAUAAAAUAUUUAGAAUAUUUCAUACUUAUCUAAGUAACUUCAUUUCGCCAGAUUGCGAAUUGGUAGAUCUUUAGUUCCUUCUUGUUUACAAUAAGAAGAUAUCAAGAUAGUUAGAUGUUCAAAGUGAGUGUUUUUUAAAUAAUAAAAUUACCAAUAAAUAAGUAUGGCGGACAAAAGUCCUGUAUGUGCGAUGGCUAAAUUGUAAAAUAAAUUUAGGCCUACGGUAGAGCGGCUAUUCGCUCGCCCAUGUGUACGCGGUAGAGUUCCGAAUGUGUAGGCAAUUUUAAAUUAAGUGAUCUCACGUAUUUAGGUCCUAUAGCUAAUGGUUAUUAUAUUUGAGAUGAGUAUACAGUAGAAUUAUUAAUAUAACGAAACAUUUUUGUCAAUUUUCUAAAUAGCCAAUUAGAUACUUACUUGAAACAUUUUAAGUAUACUAUAAAACUUUGAGAAAUAUCCAAUAUUGAGAUAUUAUAAUAGUUAACG